AUAUUUUCUAUUCUAAGUGAAUCAUUACAUUAUGUCGUCUUAAUCUUUAUUGUAAAUAACUAAGGCUGAAUUAUAUCGAAUAGAAAUGCGUGGGCUAUCAUCGAGAGUGCGUGACGAAGAUUGAGAAAAUGGCCUGUGGGCCACAGCCUAGUGAUGGCGAUGCAAUAUCAAUAUAUCGGAAUAUUAACCCCUUGAACGACAAUUUAUUUUCAGUCAGCAUUGCUCUGGCAGACGAACUGAAUACUUUCGUCGCUGCUUAGUCGUCGCAGACGUUUUCGAAUAGGUGCUGUAUCACUAUCAGCACUGCUGUCGCUAACACAGCCAACUCUUACCUUAUCGGCAUUAUUAAUAAUGCCUCGAAGGAUUGCUGACGAUGUUAAAGAAGAGGCAGCCGAAAUGCUGAAGAGAGAAGGAACGACGCAACGAGAGAUCGCUCAGAAGCUUAAGAUCAGCCCAUCCUCGGUAUCCAAAAUUAACCAAGACAAGUUGAGUUCAAGCAGACGUUCUUCGAUAUCAGAGGCUAGAUUCGUGGCAACAUCAUCAAGAUCACCAUGCUCGCCACAACCCUGCUCCAUCCCACCCGCACCAUGUGUGGCUAACCAAUCUGAUAACUCUCAACAAUUAAGUCAUGCAGAUUACGAGCAAAUCAAAAAGGGAAAUGAAGAAUUGAAGAAGAGAAAUGCGAAAUUAUCCAAAGAAAACAAGGAGUUGAAGAUAGAAAAUGAAAAGUUGCGCAAAGAAUCCGAACGGAUGGAGAAAAAAUUGGACGACAAGGAAAAACAAUUGGACAAAUUGAUAGAAUUAUGUGGAAAAAGAAAAUGAAAUCAGACAAUCAGAAGCUUAAUCCAUUUUAAUGUAGUAUGUAUUUGUAUAUACAGGGUGUCCCAGAACUCCUUUUACGCCCGAAAAUGAGGAGGAACUGAGGUGAUUUUAAACAACUUU